AUGUCAUCUGAAAUCAUACCAACAAAUCCAUAUGCACCAUUUUAUUCUCCAUUCUUCGGCUUUGCAGGGUGUGCUUUAGCAAUGGUUCUAUCUUCUCUAGGUGCUGCCAUCGGUACAGCAAAAUCAGGUAUAGGUAUCGCCGGUAUUGGUACUUUCAAACCAGAAUUAAUCAUGAAAUCCUUGAUUCCCGUCGUUAUGAGUGGUAUCCUGGCGAUUUAUGGUCUAGUCGUCGCUGUACUCAUCGCUGGUAAUAUCUCUCCCAAUGAUGAAUAUACCCUUUUCAAUGGUUUCAUGCAUUUAAGUUGUGGUCUAUGUGUGGGAUUCGCAUGUUUAAGUAGUGGAUACGCUAUUGGUAUCGUAGGAGACGUCGGUGUCAGAAAAUUCAUGCAUCAACCAAGAUUAUUCGUUGGAAUCGUACUGAUACUUAUCUUUUCUGAAGUCCUCGGAUUAUAUGGUAUGAUCGUUGCAUUGAUCUUAAACACAAGAGGUUCUGAAUAA